AUGUCGGACGGUGCUUGUCCCAUUUACGCACCCUUCUUUAGUGGCAUGGGUUGCACUGCUGCUAUUGUCCUCAGUUGCAUGGGCGCUUCGUAUGGCACGGCCAAAUCAGGCAUCGGCAUUAUAUCCACGGGUAUCCUGCAUCCAGAGCACACCGUAAAGAAUCUUGUUCCGGUUGUCAUGUCUAGCGUCAUCGCCAUCUUCGGCCUCAUUGUUGGCGUCCUCAUCACAGGCCAGCAUGAGCCUGGGCUUUCCCUCUUCUCGGCACUUACACAGCUAAGCGCAGGCAUAACCAUGGGCCUGUGUGGCCUUGCCUCGGGCUUUUCCAUCGGAAUUAUUGGAGAUUGUGGUGUGCGAGCAAACAGCCAGCAGCCGCGCAUCCUUGUAUGGGCUUGUUAUAGGGUUGGUUAUGAUAUCUAA